UAACAAGUGUAUUGAAUAAUGGUUUCCAUUUCAGAUAUGGUUGCCAGCCAGCCAUGAAGAAUGACCAACACACACACACCAUCAUCUCCAUCCUUUUUUAUAUUAAAAAAAUUAUUAUUCGAAAGAUUUAUUUAUGGAUUCAUUUAUUCCUGUUUUUACUCUCUACCUGUGACCUUCCUUCCUUAUAAUCUUUGGCGUCGUUUUUUUUCAUGAUUUCUUGUUGAAGGCUUUCUCUCUCCUCCAGGUAUCUUCUCGCUGCCCAUUCUAUCAUUGCACAGUGAAAUGAUAAAUUCGUAAUAAUCUUAGUGCGGUUGAUGGGUUUUCCCAUUUUUUUCUAUUGGAUUAUAGUUCACUUCAGAUCUAAUUGUUGCCCUUCUGGGAAAAAAAAUUGUUGGAUUAGUUAACAAAGCGUGUGGCUCGUGAUUUUUCUGUUAUUUUUUAACAGGUUUGAUUUCAAGUGAUUGGGGGUGAUUCGAACGAUGGCAACCCUGAAGAAGAACAAUUAAGAUUAGUUUUGUUUAUUUCAUUGAAUAAUUGGAAGGAAGUCGAGAUCAAAGUGGAUAUUAUGGGUUAUCUGAAUUCAGUAUUGACUUCGUCUUCUAACAAAAUGGAUGCGGAUGAUGCACCCGUCAGCGGUGGAGGUCUCAGUCAGGAUGGGAAAUUUAGCUAUGGAUACGCAAGCUGCUCAGGAAAAAGGUCAUCAAUGGAGGAUUUCUAUGACACAAGGAUUGAUGGUAUAGAUGGAGAGGUUAUUGGUCUAUUUGGAGUUUUUGAUGGUCAUGGAGGGGCUCGAGCUGCAGAAUACGUUAAGCAAAACCUUUUCAGCAAUUUGAUUAAACAUCCAAAUUUUAUUUCAGAUACCAAAUCAGCAAUAGCUGAUGCAUACAGCCAUACAGAUUCUGAAUUUCUAAAAUCAGAAAACAGUCAGAAUAAAGAUGCUGGUUCAACCGCUUCUACUGCUAUUCUCGUUGGCGACCGUUUAUUGGUUGCUAAUGUUGGGGAUUCAAGAGCUGUUAUCUGCCGUGGUGGGCAUGCCAUCGCUGUUUCCCGGGAUCACAAGCCAGAUCAGAAGGAUGAGCGGCAACGCAUUGAAGAGGCCGGAGGUUUUGUGAUGUGGGCAGGUACCUGGCGAGUUGGAGGUGUACUUGCCGUUUCCCGAGCAUUUGGCGACAGGCUUUUGAAGCAAUAUGUUGUUGCAGAUCCAGAAAUCAAGGAAGAAAGGGUUGACAGUUCACUUGAAUUCCUUAUCCUUGCAAGUGAUGGGCUAUGGGAUGUAGUGACAAAUGAGGAAGCGGUGUCGAUGGUGAAGCCAAUAAAAGAGCCGGAGGAAGGAGCAAAAAGGCUGAUGCAGGAGGCUUAUGAGAGGGGGAGUUCAGAUAACAUCACCAUUGUCAUCGUCCGUUUCCUGGCUAAUGACGAUGAUCAUCAUCCAGUUGCUGUCGUGGAUUCAUCUUCUUCUUCUCACAACAGUAGUAGUGGUGCGUCUCUGGUUAACUAGUUAUAGUAAUACUAAGCAAGUGAUAUGACGUCUUUCUUUCUUUCUUUCACACAAGCUUUUAAUGUAAUUUGUAAGUAAUACACUUAUAGGAUGAUGGGGGAUAACAUAAACUGAAGAAAGGACUCCACAGUAGAAUGUGUGCGACUACCAGCUUAUAUUACACUGAAACGAGUGAACCUCUACUAUUAUUGUUGUUGUUUUAAUUGUGAUUCUGUGUUUCAUUACUAUUGCUGUUUUUGUUUUUAUUGUUGUUACAUUAUUUUAUUAUUGUUCUCGGGUAUAUCAUAUGAUUUACUCGUUUUCAUUAUUUUUUAAUUAUAUCAUUUCGGCAGAAUGCAAAACCUUGCAUUUCGGGUACUUAUGCUACAGAUGUUGUUUGUUGACUUUUGAUGAAGAAUCAAUUACACCUCGAGAUAGCUGUUAGAAAUCAUUUGCAAUGGAGUCAAAG